UUAUUUUAUCAAAACGAUAAUCAAACUGAAACUGAAUCGAGUUAUUCAGUUACUUAGAUGUUUUUUAAGUAUCAGUAUACUAGUCCUGUAUUUAUUUGUAUUGGGUCAAUACCAAAAUGUACAGUAUUGCAAACUUCUAGCUCCAAAACAGCUUCCCUGUUGAGCUCCAAAUUCCCCCACAGAAUGGUGCUGCCACCACUAUGUUCAGCAUAGUUUAGCCAAAAAGUUAAAUAUCGGUUUCAACAGAUCACAUCAUCCUCAAAGCCUCAGAGAAAAGGAGGCAGAAUAGAAAUGCACGCCACACUUUUCAGAUUUCCAUAUUUGUAAACGCUUAUAAAAGUUUUUUUUUUCUUCCUUCCACUGCACAACUAUGUUGUACAUUGUGUUUGUGCGUCACGCUAAAUAUUUCUAAAAUACCUAAGGUUCGGUUGCCAAAAUGAGAAAAAGUUCAAGGGUUGUGAAUACUUUUGCGAAGCACAGUAUACUAACUUUAGUGUACACUUUGUUUUUUUUUAAAAAAAAGUCCUAUUAAACAGACCGAGGCAGCCAGCCUAAUGUAAUGAAAAGCAGCAGCCAGGAGGAUCACCUUGGCUGAAACUAGCAGCGUGUCCUUAAGUAGCUUCUCAUAUUCCCCCUCGCAGGUCAUUUAAGGACAUUUUGGCACCCAGCCGAAUCGGAAACGAACGCGUUUACGACCCUUUGCGCUGAUUGUCCAUCACCCAGCCCCCUCUCCGAGCCCACUGUGACUGCCUUAUUCUGAAAUACGGUCCGUAUUUGCAUUAAAGUGGGCAUUUUUUCCAUUAACUGCUAACAUUUUUAAGAUCCCCCGAAAGUCGCCGCGGAAUGACGUCAAGACGUAUUACAUUGAAUGAUGACGCUGUUUGAUCAUUAAAAAAAAAAAAAAUCAGCCGUUAAAAUAUUUGAGAAAUAGGUCAUCAAAAAACAAAGCACCGGGCGGCCCUUUUUAUGAACAGCUAAGACGAGCCGUCUUGUGGCCGCGUGAACUUUUAUGAGGAGCCGCUUUCUGGUGGGAGAUAACCUGCUCGGACCAGCAGAGAGAUGUCCGGUGUUUCCAGCAUCAGCAGAGGAGGGCUGUAGCCGUUAAAGCGGUCCGUCUGUCUCGGCUGGCUGUAUUUUUUUUUAUUUUUUUUUUGUGGGAGAUCCAGCUGCUUUAAUAACUCACGUAGACGCCGCAGCCGCCCCGGCCGGGCUGAAUGCUUAGCCCGAGGAGAAAGCAACACCGACGGAUACCGACAGGGAGCACCUGGAGGCUGCUCUGCCGAGACCCAGGAAAUCACUCCUCGCUUCGCCUCUACAGCCUGGUAGCAACACAGUGCACAUUACUGUAGUUCUUAGAAACGGGAUUCCAAGAAUCCAGCUCAUCAACUCACUGACCUGCAAUAUGUGAACCUGGACAGCUCGGCCGCAACACAAGUACGAGUCAGUCUGAAUCGAAGAUGUCGAGCCGCCGGAAGUCCACCACGCCCUGCAUGGUGCUGCCUUCGGACGUGGUGGAGCAGGAAGCCGUAGAGGAGAAGACGGAGAGAACAAAGGAGGACGAGGCAGGGGAUGAGGAGGAAGAGGAGAGGAAGGGGAAGGAGGCGACGGAGGAACUUGGUCAGGCGGUGGUAGUUGUUCCCACUCCACCGGACGCAGAUGAAGCCAGCGUCUCCAGCGCCGACGACCUCAAAGUCGUCGGCUCCACGCUGAAAUCCAGACCGAAAGAUUCGCCUGAGAACCCGAGUUGUGAUCAGACCGCACAGGAGCCGCAGAGCGACUCGGCUGGGGCAGGAGGAGCAGACUCGGCCGCGGCUUCGGCCAUCUCCCUGAGCAAGACCCCGAUCAUGAGGAUGAAGACCAAGUCCGAACCCAAGAGGAUCGCCGUUUCCCUCAAAUCCUCUGACGAAGGUGCGGGGGAGGCCGUGGGGGGAGGAGGAGGUGGAGGACGAGGAGCAGGAGACGGGGAGUUGGGAGGGGAGCAGGAGCCCAUCGAAGCCCCGCUCGGACCGAUGACGCCAGUGGAGAAGCUGCUGCACGACUCCAUGAAGUUCGGAGGAGGGGGCCUGCUGGUCAGCCCACCGUCAGAGCAGCUGAGAAAAUCUUCCAUUUUAAACCCCACAGUUCUGCCUGCUGGUCUGGCACAGGUGCUUUCAGCGUUCCAGGCCCAGCAGAGUGCAGCAGCAGCCGCAGCAGCGGCCGUCUCUCAGUCCCAGCUGCUGAUUCCUCUGAGCAGCAUCCCCUCCUACAGUGCAGCUAUGGAUUCCAACCCUCUUCUGAUCAACACUUACAGGAAGUUUCCUUACCCCUCCCUGGCAGAAAUAAGCAGUCUGGCAUCACAGACACAGUUCACAGAAGAGCAGAUCAAGGUGUGGUUCUCGGCCCAGCGUCUGAAGCACGGCGUCAGCUGGACUCCAGAGGAAGUGGAGGAGGCCAGGAGGAAGCAGUUUAACGGGACCGUGCACACAGUGCCUCAAACCAUCACCGUCAUCCCCGCGCACCAGCUGUCCGCUGCGGCAAACGGCCUGCAGUCCAUCCUGCAGACCUGUCAGAUUGUGGGCCAACCUGGCCUUGUGUUUACACAGGUUGGUCCAGGUGGGAAUCUUCCAGUGACUAGUCCAAUCACGCUGACUGUGGCAGGUUUGCCCAGUCAGUCUCAGAGCUCCAGCAGAGUUUCCUGUCAGUCCACGCCGACAAACAGUGAGCUAAAACGGGCUACCACAGUCCAGCCUCCCUCUCUGUCUCCCCAGGAGAACUCAGCCCUCAGUGCUGACUCGUUCAGUCUGAGACCUAAGAAAUCCAAAGAGCAGCUGGCGGAGCUGAAAGCCAGCUACCUGAAGAACCACUUCGCCUCGGACGCAGAGAUCGCCCGGCUGAUGAAGCUCACCAAUCUGACGAAGGGCGAGAUCAAAAAGUGGUUCAGCGACACACGCUACAACCAGCGCAACUCCAAGAACAGCCACGUGAUUGUUUUCCACGACGGAGGUGGGCGAGGGGGGAGCAGCUCAAGCAGCGCUGCCAACACCCCCAUAGUCAUCGACUCGAGCGACGAGACCCCCGCGUCCCCUCACCCUCCGAGCACUUCCCCUGUGAAGGAGAAGGAAAAAGAGAAAGAGACCCGAGUCAAGACUUGGAACCCCUUCCCAGACUUCACUUUGCAGAAGUUUAAGGAGAAGACUCCCGAGCAGCUGGUGGUGCUGGAGGAGAGCUUCGAGAAGAGCAGCAUGCCGUCGGACGAAGAACUGAGUCGUCUGAGGACAGAAACCAAACUGACUCGGAGGGAGAUCGACGCCUGGUUCAACGAGAGGCGGAAAGUCCCCGCCGCGAGUACGCCCUCGCCGGAGUCGUCCGAGGGAGGGAAGAUCGAAACGGAUAACUCGAAGAUAGAGGAAACGGGGGAACUAGGAGGAUCAAGCAACUCUCCUCCAUCUGCCUCCUCGUCUCGAAAGGGGAGUCAGACUCCUCCAGGUGGCCGCAGCAAGCAGCUGUCCGGUGGCGGCUGCAGCAAGAAAGACCUUAAAGAGAAAAGCAAAAAGACUCCAGAGCAGCUCCACAUUCUAAAAAGUGCCUUUGUGCGGACGCAGUGGCCCACGCCGGAGGAGUACGACCAGCUGGCGGAGGAGAGCGGCCUUCCCCGCCAUUACAUCGUCAGCUGGUUCGGGGACUCUCGGUACUCCUGGAAAAACGGGAACCUGAAGUGGUUCUUCCAGUACCAAAGUGGCAACGUCGAGGGACCAAGCGAAGGAGGCGGCAGCGGCAAAACGGGGGGCGGCGGUCGGAAAAGGCGUGGUCGGAACCGCGGCUGGGGGCGGUCCAAAACCAGGAAGCAGCCAAAGAGGUCCUCCUCCUCUUCCAGCGCAGAUGUCAAAAUAUCCCCGCCGUCGAAGAAAUUCAAGACCGGGCGGGAAAUCCUGAAGGAGUACUACCUGAAGCACCACUUCCUCAGCGAGCAAGACCUGGAUGAGCUGGUCACCAAGACCAACAUGAGCUAUGAACAGGUGAGGGAGUGGUUUGCUGAGGUCCAGCGGCGCUUGGACUUGGGGUUAGAUCCCUUCCUGGAACCUGGGGCUGCAGGGAGAACGGGCGGGGACAAAGCAGCACGGGACGACGAGGAGGAGACGCACGGAGGGAGAUUGGAGAACACCGAGGAGCCGGCGGGCGCAGGAGCGGGAGACGAGGAGGACGAUGAAGACGACGAGGAGGACGACGGCGACGAAACGGACGACAGCGAGGUUUGGGAGCCGUCACGUAGCGUCAGGAAAAGCUUGUCCCUUUCCGAAGACUAAAGACUGACAUUGACAUUUGGCCUGAAAAUUGACUUGAGUUAGGCCGAUACCGGUCAGUUAGAUAAAUUAAGUUUUAUUUGUGUCCUUGUUUGUUUGCCACUAACGUGCAUGAACAAGAACUAUUUCACUGUCAAAUCAAGUCCACAUGAGACUAAUAAUACACCAAUUAUUAGCUUUAGCUCAAUCUUUGAAGGAACGGUUUAGAUCAAGCUCAAACUUUGACAGAUGUCAUAAAGCAGCUGCUGCAAAAUUAACUUUAGAAGAAAAAAAAAGUGUUAAAACUGAGCUGAGAAUGAAAACUCCCACUAUAUAUCAUUCAGAAAUAACAGAUAAAAGCAAAAACUAGCUGGCUAGGAAACCUGGUAUGUGUAGUGGAAAGCACAUGGAAAAAUCUAUCUUCUUCAGAAUUGUGAAGGUAGUCAAUUCAUCAGCUACAAUUAUCUGUGUUUGAUCUCUGAUAAUCAAGUUUAAAGACUGACAGAUAACCAUGAAUUUUUACGUUGAAGCUCACACUUCCUGCUUUCCGAAACUGACAACAAUUUCGUCACGCCGACGUUAAAGCGCGUUAGAUUUAAAGUUAAGUCUGAGUUGCAUCAAAAUGCGACAUUAGGACUAAAUCGUGAGUCUUAAAUGCAGGAUUCGUUGUGGAUAUUUAUUCUGGCGCCUGAAAUUCAUUGAAAAAGGCUGUUUGGUUUUGUGCUUCACCAGGAGUUGCGAUGACAUUUUAGUCCGAGGCUGAGGCUUCACUUGGCAAUAAAACGAGUAGCCAGACGCUGCAUGAAUGCAAAUGCUAAAACGCUUUUAAAUAGUACGGAAUGUUUUCCCUUUAUACCGCCUUACCGCUUCAUCGAUAUUAUUAUUACGAGUUUUUAACUGAACAUCUGCAAAUUUGAACGUCGGAGACGCCACUGAAUGUGUGUGAAUUGAACUGCUGAUGACGUUUUUUAACUUUUUCCUUUCUUUUUUUCCACUUUUUGAUAAAAAAAAAUAUAUAUAUAUAUGUCUUGUGCUUUUUUGACCCUUUUUUAAAAAGAGAUUCUUAGAUUCAAACAGUAAACAUGCUGUGCCAAAGCUGAAAGUGGUGCCUCCCAUGCAAGACGGCAAUUUGUGGCAGGAGAUACUGGAGAUCAAAGCAAAGCCCACUGUGAGGUUUAAAUCUAGUGAAAUCAGACAAAGAAAGAUCAUGUCACUAUUCUAAUAAGAACGAAGUGACUGACUCGCGAUGUGUGGAUCUUUGUGUCCUGACCCAUACUGUAAGAAGAAACUGUUUAACAGUAUUUGAAAUUAUAAUCUGAACCCAUUCUGCACUGAACCCCCCCAACCCCCCAACCUAAAGCACUUAAACUCAUCUUUAAAAGUUUGCACUUUUUCCACUUGAUUAGGCACCUUAAGUCUCACAUUAUACCAUGAAAUGGCUCUGCGAGACCAACCCUGUUUUUUAUGACUAACCAGUAUUUUGCCUUUUAUAUUCCUUCUGUUUUCACACAUGAAGGGAUAUAAUCAGUGUAUUGAUUUUUCUAUUUAUAUACCACGUGUUUUAAAGAGCUAGACAUUUGUAACUGCUCGAAAAGAAAAGAACAAUCAUUGCACCAUUUUUUCUGCACUAAAAAUAAUGUUGUAUCAUUAGCCCUACGUUUUGAUAACCUGCCGAUUUGACGAAGCCUAAAAGUUGUUUUUGUUGACUGUCUCGCUUUAAAUGAUGGGAGCUUGUUUUGUUAUUGCUCCUUUCGCCCCUUGAUAACUCCUUAUGCCUUUUUAUCGAGUCUUUUUUGUCAGACCCAUGACUAGACUCAUGAUGUGCACGUCCCAGCAGCGUUCUGUUGAGUUCCCUGUUGUCGCAGACUGACACGCUGGGGGACCAGAAACCAAAAGACUGAAAAACUGCUCCAGUAAACAAAGAGGACGGUCUCAGUUGUGAUGAAGAAGCAGGACGGCCUCCUCUUUUCUGUGGAAAAUCUACCAAACGACGCCCCUGUUUACUGCUUUAAAAAGAAACGGUACGACGAUCUAAAAAGCUGUCCCAACUACUGUUCUUCGGUGACUCCGAUGACUAAACCUUUGUGCCUACAUGGCUCCUACACUUGUUUGAACUCGAGUUCAUGAACUCUUCAAUGUGAAAAUUAAAAAAAAAAAAAAAAAACCUUCUUAAACACGUUUUCUUCAGUCUAAAUAAUGUUCAAACUCUGUUUUUCUCCGACAUUAGAAGAUGACCGGAACCUGAAACGGAUUUCAGAAAGUCCGCUUUUUACGUCUUUUAACGAAGCUACUUGUAUUUUGUCGCCAGGCACUUGUCACAGCCAGACAUGGAAACGUUCAGUUUCCCUCACGGCGUUUAUAUGAUCACGUUUUUGAACAGACUUUUGACUGUUGGCUGUAAUUUAUCUUGAUUUUAGGAACUGACAGAGAGCUGACUUUAUGCAUUUUGUCGUUCAGUGACAAGUGCCUGUCCAUGAAAUGAAUAACCUGUAAUGUUGAAGUGUACUUUUGUCAUAUGUUGCAUGCGAUAGUCAGAACAAACAUCUCAUGUUGUACAUACGAAAUGUGAGGUUGGUGGACUUGGGACAGUCUGAUCAGGGCUAAGCUGCUUUUGUGUUUUUAAUAAUGCCUGAUACAUUUUUCUUAUCAGACUUCAACAAUGAGUUAAUUGUCAUGAUCAUGACUCUAGAGAUAUUUGUUUAAUAUUACAGUUAACUCCUUUGAUGAAAACAUAAAAAGGUACCUUUCCACUGUGUUACCCUGAACCAUUUCCUCUAAGUACUUCCAGUAUUUUCCAGGAACCUUUUAGAUAUCCUCUGUCUUUUUCUUGAGUGUGUUUCCAGUGAUGAGUUCAAAAGCAUUGUGUUGAUGUAAAUGAAGCCUGUAGCCAGCAAGUGUUAAUUUGUUACCAUAUAUAAAGAGGGAAUACUUGUUAUUGUUUUCAAGCAACAUUCAAACUCAAUCGCUGACUCAGAUUUGUUCAUCUGUGGAUGCAGAUACUCACCCACAGCAGCCGCAGAGGCAAAAAUGGAAGAAAGAAAUUGUGACAUUUAGCUCAAUUCGAAAAUACUUUAUGAAUCCAAAAGCGAAAUAUUGUUUGUUUGUUUGUUUGUUUGUUUUUUAAAUAACACAACUAUCCAAGUUUUUGCAAAGUCAUUACAGAUGGUGAUGACUGCUGUCAGUAAAGAUCUCUUGUAGAGAACUGUAUCCUGGAGAACAGAGUCAGGUUGUUUAGCUUUUUAAAGUCCCUGGCUCUGCUGGUGUAGCAACUGAUGCUGCUACACCAGCAGACGUUGGCAUCAAAGAUUGCAUUCUUUACAAACCUAUAAAGUAAAGUCCUUGAACAGAUUCCUGUUUCUCUAUAAAUCCACAGGCCUCCCCGUGUUUUGUUCACAUUUCAAGAUGAGAUGAUUGUUACCACACCAGGCCACAAAGUGGUCCACCAGCUCUCUGUACUCAGCUUCUUGUCCAUUUCUGAUCCACCUGGUAAUGGCAGCAUUGUCUAAGUAUUUCUGCAGAUGACAGGAGUCUGACUUGUACUGGAAAGAUUAGCUUACAGAGUAAAAAGAGUGGUGUGAGGACCGUUCCCUGUGGCACUCCUGUGCUGCUGAUCAACUGGUCAGACAUUUCACUCUUCAGUCUCACACCGAUUCCAACCCAGGGGUUUAUUCUGCUGCCUUUACUUCUAAGCAUUUCUUCCAAAGUUGUUACAUUCUGAAACAGAAGUAAAAUCAAAGCCAAUAGACAUUCGUAAUAUGCUAAAAUUAUUUCAAUUCUAAAUAAGCAAUGCAAACAUGGUGCAGCAGAACUUCCCAGGUUUAAUUUUACCUAACAUUAUGAACUCUGUAAGCCAUUUAAACUUUACUAAAACAUGUUUUUGAGUUGCUCUCUCUUAACCCAAAUAUCCACACUUGAUUUAAUUAAUAUUCCCUUUAAGCUGAUUUUAUCAAUGCAUUUGAAUAUACGGCUUGGUUUUAAUGUUUGCAAGCAAAAAUAGAAAUUAUUCCUCAUGUAUCAGUUAGUAUUACCAGCAAAUAUUCACUUUCAAUUUGAAUAUACAGACAAAACAGCAUUUUCUUUCCCCAGUCCAGAUGAUAUGGAUAAAGCAAUAUCUUCAUGAGAACAGAAUCAGCUAAGGCGUUAGCGCUCUGCCAGCUGCAGGAUCCAGCUGGAUUCUCAGAUAUCGCUAUGGAGACGACCAAAAUAAAAACACAGCUUUCUCCUUAUUUACAGACGUACGCGCUCUGUGCUGGUGUACUUGCUGCUGUGAAUCAUUUCGUUAGCCAGGGGGCGUAAAGAGGAAGAAGGCAGCCGUUUUCCAGCAGUCUACAACCCGCCGUCCGUCUCCAUGCUUGAUGCAUUAUGUGACUGGACUGUAAUUGGUUCUGAAUACAUACAAAAAGAAGCGCUGCCUCUCUACCAGUGUUAUGGAGUAGAUUUCUACUCUGGUAAUGUGAUUCCAUCCUGGUUCCCUCAGUGCAAACGGCAGAGGUAAAAGGUUCCUGCGGUGAGAAUAUGCUAUGAAUUACAGUUUACAGCAGAACAAUCUCUGUACUUGGAGCUGCCACGUGUCAUGUCAGCAGACGCCUGGUACCGUUUCAGAAGUGUUUGACUCUCUAGACGUUCAUGCAGACAGAGAGUGGUUUAGUCUACAGGUUAGGCCUCCUGCUCCCAGGUCUCCAGCCUUCACCUUUUUACUGUGUGCUAUUUCCUUUUCAUAAUAAUGUGUCCCGAAUGGCCGUGUCCGCUUCUGUAAAUACAAAAAAAUAUUGUCGUCACAUCGCUUAUAGACAUUCAGUGAAUAGAUGUUGAACAGACUGAUUCCUGCAACAUUUGGUCUGUCCGGGUGCCAUAUUUGUUCACCGCGUUGUGAUUCUGUCCCCGGCCCUCAUCAUGUAUCCCUGUUAACUUUGUGCUGAUGGUCUAAGAGCGAACAUUGUGAUCUGAACCGUUUACCUGCUGUGUCAUAUCUGUACCCUUUACUGUACUUCUGCUGUAGUCCUCACCUGUUUUAUUUAGACGGCUAGAUGGUGGAACGAUCCUCACAGCAAUCGGUCAUCUUUAGACGAACCCCGGGUCCAUCCUGUCAGAGGGUCAACAAUGUACAAAGUAAAAUGUCUUUUUAAAACCA